AUGCCUCUGCUUGCACACAGUCAUGCCCCUUGUACAGAUUUCGAAGCUGAUGGACUGAGGUUGAUCUGCGUGGUCUGCAUUGGUUUGACCGUUUGCGGGCUGAUUUCUUCAAGCACGCGUGUCAACGCGAUCGCUGCCACCAUCGCUUUCUUUGUCGUGGGUUUCUUCUUUAGCGUACUUCUCUCCCCGGAAAUAGCCAGGUUCAACUUGUGGUCGUUGUUGCAGACGUCGUUAUCAUUAUCGACGAGUGGCGCAGCAUUCUACUUCAUGACCGAUACUGAAGAGCAAUACAAAGAGGGCCCUCAUUUCACGCCUCUUUACUACAACUCGGUGAUUGGAACAGUUGGAGCAGUCAUGUCCUUGGUGGGCGUCGCGACAUUCCAGCGCUACUUCAGCACCUACCGAUACAGGAACCUGCUGCUUGUCACCAACAUUGCCUUCUGCCUCAUGAAUGCCCUGGACACUGUCUUGUUCAAGCGCUUGAACGUUAGCAUGGGCAUCCCGGACCACGCUUUUGUGCUGGGUACCAGCUGCAUGCAGAACGUCCUUAUGCAGUGGCAGUGGAUGCCUCAAGUUAUCAUCCUCUCGUAUUUCUGCCCACGGGGCAUGGAGGCCACAAUGUAUGCUCUCCUGGCGGGGUGCCACAAUCUGGGUAAUACGAUUGCCAGCUGUUGGGGAGCCCUUCUUCUGGAAAUGUUGGACGUCAAUCCGACAGGGUCCGUCGGCGAGUCUGCUCAGUUCGAGAACCUUUGGAAGGCUUCUCUGCUUGCUUCACUGAUGCCGAUCAUCACCGUGGUGGCGCUGUUUCAUUUCAUCCCGGAUGUCAAGCAGGGCGAUCCUGUCGUAGACCCUAACGCCGAAGCUACUCGAGGAUCCUUAUGGAGGCAAUACUGGGACGAUUGA